AUGAGGGCGCUAAAUGAUGUAGCUACCGCGUUUAACUCGACCCGGUUCCCACAUAUAGGACUUAAUAACUCCACGCCGACACCCUCGCUGGUCGGGUAUUAAAAAAAAAAAAAAAAAAAAAAUAGUUAUAUAAUACAGAGUGUGUACCUUUAUAAAACGCGCAAACGUCGAAAAUAAACCUUGACGCUUUUUCGUCAUCGUCCACGAUUCACAUCACGUCACGAUAUUAAUAUUAUUUCUGUCCGUGCGUACGUCUACCCGUACGACUAGUGUUAUGAAUAGGAGGUACAUGCUCAUCCGAUUUUUUUUAUUUUUUUUUUGGAAAACAUUUACGGUCGGUUGACGAUAGCGCUAGACGGUUUUCGAUCGGUUUUACCGCGGCCAACAGUCGACGGCGGUCGUAACGAAACGUUAUUAUACGCGUUCGUGUGAUUUUCAAGACCGUAUACACGGGGGGUGGGUUAGGGUUUCAAACCCCCCCGGACAUUUUUGAAGUAGGUAUAUAUUUAUAAUAUAACAAAGACUAACUACAAAAUAUUAAAAAUAUUUUAACCCUCUUCCCCCUUCCCCCACCGAAAAUUGAUCCGGAAUACGUGUGUUUGGUGAUUUCACUGUUUUUUCGAGCCUAUUGUGUCUCGACCAAAACUGGUAGGCGGGUCGUCCGGUGGCGUCUCGCGGGCUCAGUAUGCGAUGAAUAUUUUGAAAACUACAAUAAGGGAAAUGUGCGUUAAUAUAUACACGAGAGACGAACACAUAUUAUUAUGUAAGUACCUAUCAGAAAUUAAUAGAAUAGGAGGCACUGUUAUGUCGUCAUUAAUUAUUAUUUGAUUUUCGGUAUUAAGAUUCGAAGUUUUAGUGCUCACUCGCGUCAUUUGACGAGUUAUCACUGGGCGUGUAUUGGAUUACGAAAAGUAAUUUUGAAUUAAUUGUACCAGUAGCUGUUAUAGUGCAAUUUAUUACUGAUUUGUUCAUAAGCGGUGCUGGUGGCAAUUUUUUGGUAAGAUCUACUGCAGGGUCUCACAAAAAAAAAAAAAUCCGUUCUACACGCUACUGCGCGGAAUAUACAGAAUGAUUUUUUUUUUAUCACGAACUAGUAAUUAUCAUGAAGGAUUUUAAGUGAAGUUGAUUUUCGUAUCUAAGUACCUAACUAGAAUAGAUAAAAUAGAUUUUUAGUUCCAAUAAUUAGCAUAUUGUACACGUUUAGUUUAGUAGUUUCAAUAAUAACGUAGAUUAUACUAAUUUUUGCUCGCUUGGUUAAAAGUUGAAAUUCUUAUAUUUAAUGAAAAUAAAAAAAAUUGUUGUUCGAAUAACCCGUUUACCAUUAUGACUUAUUUUACCGUAAAAAUGUGAGAUUAUAUUUUUUAAUAUAUUCAGUUAAAAAUAUUCGUGGAGACUUAAAAUUUUGACAGAAAACUUAUAUUUGAUUUUUCUAGACACAGUGAAAUUUUUAAAACACAUUUGAGCCAGUUCUUUUAGAGGUGAAGAUUAUGAUUUCUGUUUCAUACCCAUUUCGAGUCCAUAAUGUGAUGUCACAUGCUGUUAUAUUAUGUAAACUGAAUUUCACGUCACAACACUCGCAUUGAAUAAAAUACGACUGAAACGGUUUAAAUGGAUUCGAUGUUUUAUAUUAAAAACUCUAAAAGUGUAUAUUGAACAUAGACAGAUAGGUAUAUUAUGUAACAUAAUAAUAAUAACAUUACCUGUAUUUAACGAUAACUAUGUACAAGUACAGUGUAUCGUCGUACCAAUACUAACUGUAAGUAUAGCUCUCAUACUAGUAGUAUCAAUAUGCCGAUUCUGGCUCACUUCUGAUAAUUUCACGAUAAAACAAAUUUCUGAUCUAUAUUCAUAUUGCAAGCAAGCUUAUGAUAGCGUUGAUAGAGAAAAACUAUUGAAAGCACUGGAAGUACUAGGCAUUCCUAAAAGAUACGUAAGUCUUAUAAAAGGAUGUAACAAUAGAACUGUGUGCAGAGUGCGUUUCCUGCAAGAAACGUCUGAAACCUUUAAGGUAAAAUCGGGCCUUAGACAAGGUGAUGCUCUAUCACCCACCUUGUUUAAUCUAGCAUUAGAAAAAGCAAUGAGAGAAGUAUGGGACGGUCGAAAAAUGGAAGUAUGUGGGGAACGAGUAAUAUUGGCAUACGCAGAUGGCAUUGUAAUAAUGGGAGAAACUAGAGAUGAAGUCAUAAAUACUGCGUCCAAACUCUUGAAAGCAAGUAAAACCAUAGGGCUGCGUGUAAAUGAGGAAAAGACGAAAUACUUAACGGUAGCAAGAAGAAGCCCAAACAUAGACCACAUAACAGUAGAUGACUAUAUUUUCAAGAAAGUGGAGGUAUUUAAGUACCUAGGUGUUAACAUAAAUAGCAACAACGACAUGCAUGAAGAAAUCAAUAAUCGAAUAUCAUGCGGCAACCGAUGCUACUAUAGCAUAAGGAGACUCCUUAAAUCAAAACUACUGUCACAUAACUCAAAGACACAACUGUAUCAUAGCUAUUUACGACCAAUAAUCACAUACGCGAGUGAAACAUGGUCACUGACCAAAGGAGACAGCAAACGAUUAAUGACCUUCGAAAGAAAAGUACCGAGAAAGAUAUACAGCCCGAAAUUGAAUGCAGAAUCACAAACUUACGAAAGAAGGAAAAAUCAAGAAUUACAGGAGUUAUAUAACAGGCCAAAUAUUAUUUCAUAUAUAAAAAGCAAGCGACUAGAAUGGUUCGGCCAUGUUUGGAGAGCGAAUUGA